UGUUUCAGUUCCGUCGUACAAUUUGUACGUCAGCAGCGCGCCAGUCGGUGCGUAGUUAAAAACAUGGACCGGCAUUCCAUCAAUCUUGUAAAGGAGCAUGGUGGGGGUGGAUAUAACUCGGACUUCAGUGAUGAUGAACAUGGCGAAACAUCUGACCACAAAAGGAAAAGGACCCAUAAAGAUGACCCACUUAUGCAAAAGACAUUUCAGAAAGAAAGACAUGUUAAAGUGCCUCACAAAAGUCUUGCAGCAAAAGAAUUGGAUAGGGAAGAAGCAAGAAGUAGACGUCACCAUUUAAUUUCAAUGAAUGCAUAUGACAGACACAAGCAAUUUGUAAGGGAUUACAUUUUAUUUUAUGGAGGUAAAGAAGAAGACUUCAAACGCUGCACAACUAAUGAUAAAACUGAUCUAGAUGUCAUCAGAGAACAUCAUAGAUUCUUGUGGCAGGAAGAAGAUGAAGAAGAUCUGACAUGGGAGAAACAGCUUGCAAAGAAAUACUAUGAUAAGUUAUUUAAAGAAUACUGCAUUGCUGAUCUUAGCAGAUAUAAGGAAAACAAGAUUGGCUUUCGAUGGAGAGUGGAGAAAGAAGUCAUAUCGGGAAAAGGACAAUUUUUUUGUGGAAACAAGUUCUGUAAUAAAAAAGAAGGUUUGAAAAGCUGGGAGGUAAACUUCGGUUAUAUUGAGCAUGGAGAAAAGAAGAACGCACUUGUAAAACUCAGGCUGUGUCCUGAAUGUUCAUACAAAUUAAAUUAUCAUCAUAGGAGAAAAGAAGUUAAGGCAUUAAAGACAUGUCAAGAACAAUAUAGCCAAGAGGAACCAGCAGUAAAAAAAUCCAAAUCAACCUCAAAAACAAAACACACACACAAAAAAAGAAGUGAUAACUUACCUCCAAGUUCUAAGAGCACAGAAGAAUCUGAUGAAGAUAGCAAAGAGAGUGAAGAUUUAUCUGAAUCCCACUACUGGAAAGGUCCAGCUCCAAAUGUUGAUGAGAAAACAAGGGAAGAAGAGUUUGAUGAAUACUUCCAAGAUAUGUUUCUUUGAAAUUAAAAUUAUGCCCAAGUAUGGCCAACCUUCUAGGAAGAAAAUGGUACAGUUGAUUUCUUUUCCACAGAGUUGACACUGUAUUAAUUACCUAGACAAGAGACAUUUCUUCAAAUGUGUUUUAAUGUGCCUGUUUGUAUUUCAUUCUGCUAAUAAAACACCAUUAGACUGUGUUAAAUGCAUUUUUUUCAUAAUUCCUUUGUGUAAACCAGGUGAAAAUAUCUAUGGUCUGUCAAAUAAAGACAUAAUGCAAGCAUAAAAAACUAAUGAGCACUUUAAAAACCAGGGAGAGAGACUUGGGUGUCAAGAUUGUAAUGUUUUUGACAUACAGGUGUGCUGAUGUUACUGAAAGUCUGAAAUGUGUUCUUUAUGACUUUAGGGGCCAGUUCUUCCUACCCUUUCCAGUUCAUGAAAUAAUGAAAAAUGUUUUGUUUUUAUUUUACUUCAGUGUAUUCUUUCAUGCAGGACUUGUGCUACUUAAUAUAUUUAAGUAGUAAAGUUAUUAACACUCAAAAUGUAAUUGCCCCCAUAGUUUAUUAAACUCUACCUUUUUGCUUGAA